AUGGAUGCACUUAUUAAUGUAUUUCGGGAAAGAUCUAUGCUGGAAGAAUUGGAUCACCCAUUGGUAUGCAAUCUUCGUUUUGCGUUCCAGGAUGAUGAAUAUAUGUACAUGGUUAUGGACUUAAUGAUGGGUGGGGAUCUGAGAUUCCAUCUGAAUCGUAAAACUUUUACAGAAGAUGCGAUCCGUUUUUGGAUAGCCGAAUUAGCGUGCGCUAUAAGAUAUUUACAUUCUAAAGGAGUAGUUCAUAGAGACAUUAAACCAGACAAUGUUCUUCUUGAUGAUCUAGGUCAUGUACAUAUAACAGAUUUUAAUAUUGCAAGACAUAUAAGGGCUGAUAAACCGUUAACAUCUCACUCUGGAACAUGUGCAUAUAUGGCUCCCGAAGUAUUCAGGGGUGGCGGAUAUGGGGUUACUGUCGAUUGGUGGUCUCUAGGUGUUUUAUUUUACGAAUGUAUAUAUGGGAGGAGCGACAAUCAAGAAGAAUUAAAAAAGAUGAUACUCAAAGCGCCCAUCAAAUAUCUCGAUAUGGACCCGCCUGUAAGCCCUGCUUGUGUUUCCGCAAUUCAGGAAUUUCUCGAGCGUGAUAUUUCUAGGCGUUUAGGCUGCGGUCCAAAUGGGUUUGAGCUUAUUCAAAAACAUCCUUUUUUCCGUAAUUUUGAUUGGCCUGCUCUUGAAAACAAGGAAUUAAACCCAAUUUUUCGUCCCUCAUCAGACAGAAUCAAUUUCGAUGCUACGUAUGAUUUAGAAGAAUUGCUUUUGGAAGAACAACCGUUGGAGGCAAAAUCACGCCGACGGAAACCAAGGAAACGUAAAGAUGGGGAGGGUUCUGAAAAAGAAGCACAGUAUCAACUGAUUGAAGAGAAAUUUAAACCGUUUGAUUAUACGGUGUUUGAAAGAUAUGAAGGUUGGGUAGAUCCAGUGACUAGGUGUGUUGCUGAUCCACCGGAAUGGGUCAAGCCUGCUGCUGUUGAGGUUGCAAAUCAAAUGGAAAGAAAAAGUCAAGAUGGGAUAGUUACUGGAUCCGUUGAUCUCGGUAGUUUAUCAGGAAUAUCUUUAAAAAACGGACUUCAAGUCUGA